CUCAUUCCUCACUCCCACAUGGAUGCUGGGUGGGUGAAGACCUUCGAUGAAUACUACUAUGGCACUAAAACAUCGAUCAGUUCAGCAAAUGUCCAGCUGAUUUACCACUCUGUACUGUCUGAAUUAUUGCACGACAAACGACGGAAGUUCACCUUCUCAGAGACGUCGUAUUUCUGGCGAUGGUGGAAGGAACAACGGCCAAUCACAAGAGCCACCUUCAGGACCCUGGUACAGGAAGGUAGGAUUGAGUUUGCUGGAGGUGGAUGGGUUCAUAAUGAUGAAGCAACUGUAGAUUAUCUUCAAAUUAUUGACCAAUACACUUGGGGAUUAAGGAAACUAAACGAUACCUUAGGAAUUUGUGGCAAACCAAAAGCAGCUUGGCAAAUUGACGCAUAUGGACACACAAGAGAGCAGGCCUCGCUGUCAGCUCAGAUGGGCUACGACGGAUUAUUUAUAGGACGAGUGGACCACAGAGAAAGAGAAGCAAUGAUAGACGAGGACAGACUAGAGUUUAUGUGGAGAGGAAGUGACGUGCUUGGUAAAAUGUCUGACAUCAUGACACACACAUUAUACAACUUGUACAACGCACCAGAAGGCUUUUGUUUCGACUUCUUAUGCAAUGAUGAACCAAUCGUUGAUGAUCCCGACAGCAAAGUUUACAACGCCGAUAAACGGGUGAAUGAUUUCAUAAGCCAUAUAGAGAGGCAGGCGAAAUACUACGAGCACGAUAACAUUGUGGUGACCAUGGGAGGUGACUUCACAUACCAGAGUGCCGCCAACUGGUUCAUGAACAUGGAUAAACUCAUCAACCAUGUCAACACGCAUCCCGCCAAUUUAUCUGACAUUAACAUAUUUUAUUCGACGCCAUCUUGUUAUUUGAAAGCAAUUUACCUCUAUGGACGACGGGACAAAGCUCUAUACACCGAAAGGGAGGACCUGUUGCCAUACGGCAGCGACCCGACCACCUACUGGACAGGGUUUUACACUUCCAGGCCCAGUCUGAAGUACAUAGCGAGAAGAUCACACACGUUCCUUCAGGUAAUGAAGCAGCUAUCAGUGAUUGCACACAUGGGAGACUCGUAUGAGCUCCACCUCCUGAGACAUGCUGUCAGCCUGGUACUCCAUCACGACGGUAUAACAGGCACAAGCCAGCAGCACGUUGCUAAUGACUUCAUGAGGAUAUUAAGCGAAGCCAUCGACACAUGUACCAAAAAGAUAUCGAAUUUAAUAAGCAUUUUAACACCAACGUGGGGCAACAGUAGACGCUCCAAACACAGUCAACAAUUUGUCGUUUGCCACCAACUGAAUAUUAGCCAAUGCCGGUUCAUAGAGACGCAAGAAUCAUAUCUCCUGCUUGUAUACAAUCCUCUCAGUACUAAGACCUACCACCAUAUCAAGUUACCGGCCAUCGCUCUCCACUACUCCAUAAGGGAUUUCAAUGAUGAAGAAGUGGAAUACCAGCUGGUUCCGUUGCCGAGUUCAGUAAUCAACCUGCCGGGCCGUUCCUCCACCACUAUACAGGAGCUGUGCUUCGAGGCAGAGAAUAUACCACCGCUGGGUUACUCGGCAUACUAUAUAACACCAAUUCGGGACCCGCUGGAAGAAAAUGCUUUUAUGAAUAAGAAAACACAAGUGAAUCCUGAUGCUGAACAAGACGUGAUGCCACUUAUUUCAAAUGAGUACCUCAAAGUGACAGUGAACAAGGAGAGUGGUCUGCUGGAGUCCGUCCAACACAUCGACGGCGCUACCAUCCAGGUGUCGCAGAACUUCUUUUACUACAGCCAAAAGUCGCAAGGACUGCAGUCUGGGUCUUAUAGCUUCAGGCCUAACACGGAAAGACCUUUGCCGGUAACAGAUCGCGUGGUCUACCACGUGGUGAGGGGAUCUCUGGUGAAGGAAAUACGGCAGAAGUUCAGCGACUGGAUCACGCAGACCAUACGGCUGUACCGGGGCGAGGAGUUUGUGGAGAUGGAGUGGAUUGUUGGACCGGUUCCGAUUGGCACCGACUUGGGGAAAGAGGUUGUCAGUGUGUUCACUACAAACAUCACCAAUAAUGGUGAAUUCUUUACCGACUCGAACGGCAGGCAGAUGAUGAAGAGGAGUUGUUGGAAUGAGACGUCCAGUCAACAACAAAAGAAACCGCUCUCUGCGUGCUACUUCCCAGUGACCUCCAGGAUUUGUAUCCACUCUCUGAACUCGAGCAUUGAGAUAUGUGUAUUGAGUGACAGAGCCCAAGGCGGCACCUCUUACACUGAAGGGGAAUUAGAAUUAAUGGUUCAUAGGAGACUCUUAACAGAUGAUGGAUUUGGUUUAGACGAGGCACUCAACGAGGAGGCGCAUGGUGCAGGUCUGGUUGUUAAAGGCAAACACAGGAUUCUGUUUGGUAACUUCAGACAAAAUGUGGAUGACCAGAGUUUCUCGGAGCGAAUAUCCCAGUCGGCCAGGAAGUGGCUCAUGGAGCCGUGGCUGUUCCUCGCAUCGGGAGACAAAUUGAAUAGAAGAAAGUGGCAAAACAUAAGGAAUAGACGUUACUCGUCAGUUCGUCUCCACGGUCUACCUCAACAUAUCCACGUGCUAACAUUAGAACCGUGGAAGGCUGGCACCGUGUUACUGAGGCUCGAAAACACAUUAGAGAAUCCUUUAAGAUGAAAUUUAAGAGGAGAUAAAGCAGAAGGCCCUGAAGGGUAUGACAUAAAGACCUCACACAUAACGGUGGACCUUCGCAAAAUCUUCCUACAGUUGCAAGUAAAGAUGGUACGCGAGACCACGUUGGCCGCCAACCAAUGGUUAGACGAUGCAAGACAAAUGGAUUGGAGUACUAGGUACGUUUACAAUGGAGCUGACGAUGGUAUACUACCAGAAGACGUAGAUUAUGGCGAUGAUAAAUCAGCAAAACAUAGCGAUAAGGAUUCUGAAUUUUAUUUCGAUGAAGAAAUAGAUUAUACAAGAAAGAAAAUAGAACCUAAAAGAAAUAUGAACAAAAGAGUCAAGAAUAAAGCUCCAAAUGCCAAUUACGAUUACAAUAGAAAAAAACGAUCCCUAAAUAUAUCUGAGAAUGUUAUUGAAAACAUAAUCGUUAAUGAAACGGAUGAUGACCGAAAAAUGACAAUUAAUGAUAAUAAAACAAAAUUUAAUAACGAUUGCAUAAAUAUGCCUUAUGCAGAAGAAAUAACAAUUAAAAAUGAAACAGAUGUGAAUGGAAAUUUACACAGUAUAGAUGUCAAGAAAAAUCCAAAGACAAUUAGUAUUAUCAAAAAGCAUUUACCGCAUUGGAAAACCGAUACAGAAUCUUACGAAGAUGACAUUUCGAUGAGUUUAAAAAGGACUAAAAAUAGAAAUGGGUUUCGAAAUUUGAAGAAAAACAAAGAUACAGACUCUAUUCUCGAUGACUCUGACGACGGAAUUACAAAAUCAAUUUACGACAUGUAUUACAAAAAGAAAACAACUAGAACUUACCCUUUCAAGCCCUUGUUGAGAAAUUCGGAAGAGGAAACUAGAAUAAGAAGAAGGAAGAAGAAGUCGGGAAGAUACAAUAGUGAGGAGGAAUAUGAAGAUAUUUCUGUAGACACAGAAUAUACAACAAGAAACUCGAGAAAAGAAAGGAAUAGAAAAAGAGGGAAGAAGACAAACGUUGAUAUGUCUUUCUUCUUAACUGAUCGUAAGAGAAAGACUAGAAAAAAUGAUGCAGAUAUUAUAAGGAGAGCGGAAGAUACAGAGUCAUUUGAGGAUAACAUGUCUCAAGAACAAUCAAGAUUAAGAACAAAACAUCGGAAAGGAACACAGUUCGACACAGAAGACUACGAUGCAAUGUCGCGCAGUGAAGAAGAAGUAGAGGAUACAGAAGAUGAAAGAAGAACAGAGAGAAGAAGGAAUAAAAGGUCAAUUUCUAAAGAUGAAGGACUGGGAUCGUCCAGCGGAGAAAAUAUAGACCGAAAAGAGGAUUUAGAAUAUAUAGUGACACUACGGCCCACACAAAUACGUACCUUUGUAGUGUGGUUUGAAAGUAAUAGAAAACACUAUGUCAUAUGAUGUUUUAAUGUAAUUUCUUUUUUAUACGACUCUUCAAAAUAA